AUGGAGACAUUUACAGGCGUGGAAGGAGUCGAUUAUUUCAAAGUCACAAUUGGUGGUAGAAAGAUCAAGGAUGAGUUUGCACUCAAGUCAGGAUUGGACACCAUUUUCAACGAAGCUGGAAAAUCCGGCGAGUACGCUUGCUGCCAUGUGGAUCUUCGCCACUGGGAUAUCUAUUCCUGGGAGCAGAAGGAUUAA